GCUGCGUGUUCCUAAACGCAUUCCUAUGCUCCUUCUAUUCAACGCUAAAAUGAAUGGAGGCGAGGGAAUCGUCAACAGCCAACAAGUGGGUCUUUGAAACGUGACCGAAUCUCGUCAAGUGUGUGAAUUUUCACUUUGUGGACAUGGCGUUCGUCCUAAGCCAUUUGAUUUGGUUGUUGAGCCUGCCGUUACUGGCCGUGGCACAAAAUUGCGACGAGAACUGUACUGGUACGAUUGUUGGGGUAGCGAUUGGGUGUGUUCUGGGCACCUUAGUUAUUGUCGGCAUCGCCAUUUUAUUAUUCAUGCUGUAUAGAAAGCGAGUGAAGGCUCGUAGAGACCACCAAACUACACUGGGCACCAUCGCUAACCCCAACGUUGUACCAGAUAUACAGCACACACAAAAUUCGAAUAUCGAGCAAGAGUGCACGGCUUACCAAGUAUUCAUGUCAAGUUUGAAUAGUCAAGACAUGGAAGGAACAGCAGUAAUGGAAAAUGAAUAUGCAAAAGUUAUAGAGGAUGAACCAGAUGGUAUGAAUCCAGAAAUAGCACGUCCUACUUUCAAUCCAAAUUAUGAUGUUGGGCCUAUUAAGAAAUGUAAGACCCUAAAAGUCCUUUUAAAUGAAAAUCUAACAGAGACGUCACUUGGAUUGAAUAUAGCUGGUAGUCAGCAGCAUGGUAUAUUUAUCAACAAAGUAACAUCAGGUGGAGCUGCUGAACAGUCAGGAGUUGUUGAAAAAGGUGACAAGAUUCGAAGUGUGACAGUACAUUUUGACAAAAUUGCUUACGAAGACGCCCUGACUAUCUUAAGUUAUGCUGCAAGAUAUAAAGUUGGAAUGGAGUUAGAACGUGAAUUUGGACAGGCAAAACUGUCAUUAGAAGAUCCAAUGGUUGCUAAAUCUCAGUUUCCACAAACACUUAUGCUGCCAAAGGAUAUUCUCAGCUUCUCUCAUACCGAAGAUGACUUUGAUCUACAGAAACACAGCUCACUGCCCAAUGUUGUUAGUGUGGGAGAGGAUACAAAUGAACAAAAUCUUGAAAGGGGAAAUUCUCUUCCCAGAGAUUUUCAAACCUCAGAAAGCAAACAUCAACGGGGAGAUUCAAUUGACAGUGGUGCUGUUUUGAGUGACAAUGCCAUAUCCCCCAGUCCUCAUGAACAAAUAAUUGAUAAAAAGAAUAACCAAAUACCUCACGAUGACUACACAAUUGACGCUGAUGAUUCUAUAUUUGAUUAUGAUGUACCAGACAGUGAUUAUGAUGUGAAUCCUGGUCUACAAGAAGCACAUACAUCUGAUGAUGAUGUCAGUCAAGCAUCAGACGGACCUGAUACUACAUAUGUCACACUAUCUCAAGAGAAUGAGCAAAGCUACAUUGUCGCAGAACAUAUAUCUUAUGUUGAUAACUCUGUCACCCAUAAGAAAAUCAGGACUACUUCUUCUUCUUCUUCUGAUUCCUCAUUGUGUGAUCAUGAAGUAAAAUUGAUGGAAAUAAACAAUCAUCAUGGAAAUGAGCUGCAUGGUAUUUCAUCAAUGCAUUUGUCAGAAAAAAUUGAUGUAAUCGAAACACAUGGUGAUAAUGUAAUUCUAGCUGCCAGUGAUGAUGUGGAUUUCGUGAGCGAAAUUGACGAUGCUCUUCAGGAAAAACAGAUGUUUGAACUUCAACAAGCAGAACUUAAGGAAGAAGGUGAUCCAGCUGUCAUAUCAAUUAAACGAAAGGAUAGUAGCAGCAGCAGUAGUAGUAGUAACAGUAGUAGCAGCAGUUUGGCGAGUGACAAAGUAAAAAAUGAUGUAUCACAAACAUUUGACACUCCAUCAGCUGAGUUAACGAAAACAGCACAAAUGAUUCAAGUUGAGUCACAAUCACCAAUGAUUGGUACUGUACACAUUAACAACGAUGACAACAUGGGGAGUGACAAACGCGAAAAUAUUGUAAUUGAAACAUAUGAUGGAGAAAAAACGGAAGAAACUACAUUAUCCAUCACCACAACAAUCACAAGAAAAUACAGCAGUGGAAGUAGUAGAAGUUCAGAUCCAGCAUAUGUAGUAAUGGGAGAAAUAGACAACUUGGCCACUAAUGAGAUGAUAGUCACCUCAGACCAUGUACAUAACACUUCACAAACCAAUGAAUGUACCAAUGCAGGAGUGAAUAUUAUUGAUGUAACUAGACAUGAGUCUGAAAAUGGAACAGUGAAAGAGAUAGAAAAAAAAUCACGAAGUAGUAGCACUGCAAGCAACAAUUCAGAUAAUGAUGAAUUUGUGUCUCGUGUCAACAUUGAACUGGAAACAAGACAUAGCAGGAGUUUCAGUAGUAGUAGUAGUAGCUCUACAAGUUGUGAUGAAAAUAGUCAUGUUGCUGGUUCAUAUGAUAUCAAUCCACUCCUGGAUGACAACAUACCUGAUAAAUGUGAUCAUUCAAGCAUGGUGACCAUAUUGGCUGUCAGGAAAACACCAGAAUUUGAAGAACCUGUUUCUGAUGUCUUGACUGAAGAUGCAGUUAAACAGAAUGAUAGUAGCUGUAGUACUGCAACUGCACGUUUCGAUGAUGUAGCUACUGAAAUGUAUGUAUCGACAGUUAAUGUUGAAGAACCAGAUGACAGUAAAGUUACCAAUGAAACAUCUCACACUAUUCACACUAGUGUCAGCAUCAAUUCCGAAAAUAGCAAAUUGUUGACUCCAGCUCAAUCAAACAUUACAGUUAGUAAUGCCGAGUUCACAGAACUGUCGAUUAAAUGUGAUGUGGAACAACCUGAUAUAAACACAAAUGGAUCUCACCAUGAUAGCAUGAAUGAAAGAAAUGAAUACACAGUUUCAGAAAUAUCGCACAAUGUACCGAUUGAGAGGAGUCAGAUUAGUGAAGCGCCUGUUGAAGGGCCUGAGUUGCGUAUUGAAACUGUUAGCAGUACGAGUAGAAGGGAACAAAUAUCUGAAAAAGAUAUUACAGAUGCAGCAGACACAAAAGCGGGGAAAAGGAAAAGUUUUAAAUUAUUUGGAAAGAAAAACAAGGAGUCAAAGCAGACAAAAGAAAACAAAGACCAAUCAAAGGAGAAAACUGGGCCAAAGCAUUUCUUUAAAAAGAAGCAUAAAGAACAUAAUACUGUUAACUUGGCAGUAGUAGAUGCGUCCCUGAAAGAUGAAACAGAAUUCAAAGAUUCAGAAAACACAUAUCCAAAGAAAUCAAAGGCAAAAAAGAAAAGUGAUCGAAAGAAAACACCAGUCACACUAUCACAUGAAGAUGAUUUAGGUAUUGCAGCUGAUGAAACUGAUGCUCAACCUGUUAUUGCUGAUGGUGACAUACAGUCAACAGAACAGUUAAAUACACUUAUCCCAGUAUAUUCAGCAGAAGAAGAAAGGCAUGACACAUUUGAAGCUAGAAAAUAUGCCUCACCAGAAGCUGCAAUAAAAAAAUCUACAUUUAAUGAAGAAAGUGAAAAAGAACAAGAAAGAAAGGAAGACACAGAACAUCUUGAAAUAAAGCAAGAGCUGCAUCUAGUGACAACAAGUGAAAAGAAUACAGAACAAACUUUAUUGCCAAUAAUAGCUGAUGUGAAACAUAUCAGCGACCUCAGCAGUAGUAGUAGCAGUAGCAGCAGCAGCAGUGAUGAGAGUGAUCAAAAUGACAACUUUUCAUUUGAAAACCAGUCUGCUGAGCUUCAUAAUAUUGAACAAACACCUGUGAAAGAAACUAUAACUGCAGUGUAUAUUAAUCCAGAUGAUACAUCUUUCAAUUUGGAACAACAAUUAGUCAAAUUACAAGGCGAUGCCGACAAACAAGUUGUGGAAAAGGAGACAUUAGGUGCUGACAAUGUAUCUUUCUCCUCUUCAAGUGAGACUGAUAGUGAUAGUCUUAAUGCUCUAGCAGAGAGCAAAGACGAACUGGUGCCCAGAACCCCAAUAAACGAAUCUGUAGAGAAAACAGGGAAAACAGAUUUUAAUGGUUUAGAUAAUUUUUGGAAUGCAAUUAAUAAAUUAGAAAGCAGUAGUACUAGCAUUGAAUCAGAAGAUGUUGCAGACUCUCAGGUAGUACGCACAGACAUUAUUUCAGACAAUUGUUCAGCAGAGAAACACAACAUCACAGUGGACCUGAACCUUGAAACUAAUGUCCCAACUCAAUUGCAAACUUAUGAUACUAAAUCUGAAAUAAUAAAAAUUGAAAAUUGCUCAUCCUCCCCAAAAGAGGAAAAUGAAUGUUGUUAUACAAUUGAACAUGAACAUCAAAAAGAGCAAAUAAUAUCCAUUUCGAUGCCAAAAUAUGUCAUAAAAAAGGAAGUUUGUGAUACAAAACAUGUUAUUGUUGAUGAUAUAAAAUCCUCUUUUUCUCCAGCAACAGAAUUAGGCACGACAGAAGAAAAGGUGAAAGUAGAAAUGGAUGAGAAAGCAGAUGCUAAUUUGAUAAUGUCAUCACAAGUAAUACUCGGAGAAAUCAUAAGUACUAAACAUAUUACAUGCUCAACAAACACUGAAACAAAAGAAACUCAUCCUGGAAAUGUAGCAAUUGUCGAAGAGAAAAUAGAAAUCUUUGAUUCGCCAAAGGAUAUGAUGACCACAGAAAAAGUCACUCCAACUAGUGUGCUAGAGAAUACAAAUGAUGACAAUAGUACAGCUAAUAAUGAAGCAUUGGGGUCAUCAGCCAUUCCGAUUUCUACACAGAUAGAUAUCAGUGAUGGCGAGAGUGAAACAAAAGAAAAAGAACAUGUAAAAAAAAGCCAAUUUAAUCCUUUUCGAAGGAAAAAGAAGGAUUACCAGAUCAAACCUCCAACUGGUGGCACUAAGGAUUCAGUAAUAGCAGAACCAAAUAUUAUUGUGGUAAAAGAUCAAGACCCAAGCACUGAUAUAAAAAUGAUGGGUAAAAAGGUCAAGAAGGGACACAAGAAGAAGCUAAGUAGAGAUAUAUCCAAUGAACUAAACAAAAAUGAGGAGGAAUGCAACAAAGAACAUGAUGCAAAUGGAAAGAAGGGCAAGAAAGGAAAAAAGGGACACGAGAAACAACACAGCAGGGAUGUAGCAUCUGAAGAGCUGAAAUUAGAAGCUGUCAAAAAGGAAAGUUUCUUGAAACAAAAUGUGGAUGAACAACCACAACUAAAGGCAAGUACAAACAGUGAUAUACCACCACAACAUAAAGAUGAUGUCAAACACAUGGAAGCUUUCUACAUUGAAAGUGGAAAGAAAAUAAAAAAAGAAAGAAAAGGACACAGGAAAAAGAAAAGCAGGGACAUAUCAUCAGAUGAAGUAAAAGAAUAUGAUAUCACUUUGAAUGUUGUACAACAUGAAAAAGACGCAACACCAAUGUACCAAGAGAGUAAAGAAGUAGAACAAUCUGGGAAAAAAGAAAAAGGUCUGUUCAAAUUCUUCAAAAUAGAACAUUCCAAGUGUGGAAAGUAUGAGAAAAGUGACGAUGUUGAAAAGAUAAAUAAGGAUUACCAUGUAAAGUCAGUGGAAGGCCAUGAUGGAUUGGUAGUUGAAACUGAUAUAUCAUGUGAUCAGGUAAACAAUGAAACUGUCCAUGAUGGUUUGGCAACAGCAAACAAGCAUAAGUUAGGUACCCAACAAGAUACCAUGGACGAUUCUGUGUUACCUAUACCAAUGCCAGAAAAUAUGUCACUCCAAAUAUGUAAUACCAAUGACAAUGUGUAUGCCAUUGAUGAACGAAUACAGAUUCAAAUGCAAGAAAAAGAUGAGCCAUAUCAAGACAAGUCGAAUAGUAGUGUAAGAAUAGAGAAAGAUGUUGAACAUCUAAACAAUAUGCAGAUAGACUCAUGUGACCGUAAUCCAAGUGAAACACUGGAGGCUAGAAACAUUGAAAAGCAUGCAACAAAUGUAGGAAUGUUUGGUAUUUUGAAGAAAGAUACUGAAGAAUCUGAAUUGCAAACAGAAAUGAUGGUCGACGAAAACCACCAUAAUGACCAUGUUGUUUCCAUAAGUUUAGAUGAGAAGCCAGGUUUUCUGCCAGACAAAACUGUACAUAAGUCUACAGAAAUACAUGUUGCAGAUAGUAUUGAUCAAGGCGAAUUACCAUUUAAUGCAAGUGCAAAUGAGGAGGGCGUACUAGAUACAAAAAACAACAUGAAGUAUCCGGAUAGCAAACUCAGUAACAGUAAAUCACUAACAGAUGCAGAAUGUAAUGAAGAUGAUGACCGAGAUAAGACAGUGGAUGUUGAAUUGGAUAUUAGUUCAAAAGUGGAUGGAAAUGAAGAAGUUAUUGAAAAUGAAUCACAACUUAUAUCACCAACUUUGAUAAAGGAUGAUACAAAAGCCAAUCAAGAUAUUACUACUAAAGUUCAUCAACCAAAUGAGAAAAAAAACGUGGUAUAUGGCGGAUUACAGCCCAAUACUGGUUCAACAGAACUAAAUUAUGAAGUUUCCGAUAUCCCAUGUAAAGGAGAGUACAACAUACAAAAACAGUCCAAAUUACAUGUAGAGUAUGUUGCUGAUAAUGGAGAUGAAGAAGAAAUAGAAAAACAACAACAUGCUUCAUCUGAUAAUGAUAAAGAUAAAACAGGCAGUGUAAUGAAGGAUAAGUGGGAUGUUGUUCGUCGAUUUUUCAAAAGAAAGCGCAAAGACAAAAAAGAACACAAAAUUAAGAGCUCAGAUUCAACAAGUACUGAGCACACAGACCAUGAUGAAGAAGAUUUUGAUGAUUCGCACACAUCUUUACAUACAGACACAUCAAGUCUGUCAAUUGAAGAAGAUCAUAAAGAUAUUAUAAUCAGAAGAAAGGAAGGAAGGAAAGGUCUUAAAAGUUUCUUUUCAAAACGAAAAUCAAAAGAGUUCACACUAGGUGAAGUAACAAUUGAUGGUGAUCAAGAUGCUGAAGAGUUCAAAGAAGUAGAUGUAACCCUUCAAAUAGAAACAAAACCUCCAGAAGUGGAAAGCCAAUAUGCAAAUGAUGCAUUAAAUCCUGAUACCAGUGACAUGACUGACAUUCCACUAUCAUCAUCAACAAACAAAAACACUCCUUUACCUGAAGGGAAAAGUGAUGGGACAGAUGUUUUUGAUGAAAGGGAAGUUGAAAUGACAAUAACAGCUAUAACACCAAUUUCUGAAGUGGAUAUGAAAACUGAAGUGCUGUCAGAAGAUUAUAAUCACAGUAUGAGUAAGGACAAGGAAAUAAAGAAAGAAAGUAGGACAGGUUUGAAAAGUUUCUUUGCAAAACGCAAGUCAAAAGAAUUCCCACUGGGGGAAGUAACAAGUGAUGUUAAUCGAGAGGAAGUCUUCAAAGAAGUGGAUGUAAAUCCUGAAAUAGAAACAGAACCUUCAUUAGAAGUUAGAGACCAGAGUGAAUGUUCGUCCAUAAAUCUUGAAGUCAGUGAUCUGACUGAAUUUCAACCAUCUUCAACAAAUAAUAAAGCUGAUUUACCUGGAGAAAACAUUGAAGUGAAACUAAUUACAAAAGAAACAGCUGUACCAAAAAUGUGUGAAGCUCAAAUACAAACUGGUGUUACUUUAGAUCUUAAUGACAGUAAAACUAAAAACAAGAAAGAGAAAAAGAAAGAGAAAAAGAAGGGUUUUAAAAAUCCAUUUGGUAAACAGAAGUCAUAUGAUUUUAAACUUGACCAUGAAGACCAAGUAGAUGUAAUCGUUGAGACUAUAAGACCUUCUGGAUUGAUAGAACACAGUAUUCACACUUCAGAUAAUCUUGAUGAUACUGAUCAUGCAUUAACCCAACAAUCUUCAAGUCAAGAAGCAAGCUUCACUGUGGAAAAUGUCCAUGAAAUGGAUGUGUCUGAAGAUGUAUUAUCUGAGGAUAAAGUUGUAAAAGAUAUAAUAACAGAUGAAGCUGUUACAGAAAUAUGUGAAGCCCAGGCAGAUUUAGUGCCAGAACAUGAUGUAAAAGAAAAGAAAAAAGAACUUAGGAAAGGAAAGAAGGGUCUUAAAAGUCUGUUCGCAAAACGGAAGUCAAAAGACUUUACACUGGAUGCAGAGAAAAUUCAUGUGGACCAUGAUAAUGACUUCAAGAUUAUUGAAACGAUACCAAACUUAGAAAUGAAUCAAAGUGAGAAUUCUUCUCUGAAUCACGAGAUCGUCGGUGAAACUGAUGUACAUUUAGAAACGACGAUAAAAGAUGAAUCUACAGAAAAAACACUUUCACCAAAAACUCAUGAUGAUAAUAGACUAGCUGAAGUAAUUCCAGAAAAUCCAAAAGACAAUAAGACAAAGAAAAAAGUAUCUAAGAAGGAUGGCAGGAAAAGUCUCCAUAAUAUCUUUGCAAAACGAAAGUCAAAAGAUCUGGAUAAGUGUUUGAAGGAAGUGGGUGUAAACUCUGAAAUGGAAAGGAUAUCUUCUUUAGAAGCAGCAGAUCAAAGUGAAACUGGUCCUUUAAAUCAUAAUGUCACCAUUCAAGUUGAUGUUCCACUACAUUCAUCAAGUAAUAUAAUGGAUGUCACUGACGAGAAGGAGACUGCCUCAGAUGUUUUGGAAGGUAAACAAUCUAAUGACCAAAAGCUUGAACCAGAAAUGUUGAAUGUUUCAAAACAACUAGAAGUGUCUCCAGAUGAAUCAUUACAUCAAAAUGAAGAAGUUACAAUGCUAGAUCCAACACAGCAAGGCAAUUAUUUUUUAGUUGAAGCAGGUGGCACUGGCAACAUUCUCCAAGGGGAUGUGUCACCUGUAGUAUCAGUAAUAUCCCCUGACAUUGCAGUUGACAACAGUUCAAAAGAAAACAUUACAUCAGACAUAACUAAGCUAAAUAAGAAUAGUCAAGAUGGGACAGACAACAAAGAUGAUGAAGCAAGCACUUCUGAAAGUAUUGACUCAAAUGUUCCAAAGUUUGUAGAUGUAACCAGUAUAGUUAAGUUUAACAGUUACGUUCAUGCAACUGAUAUUGAAGAAGGUGGCACUGCCCAUGAAUGUAGCAAAGCAGACACUGAUGAGUCAUCACAAAUUGGGAAAAUGACAGUUAAAAGCAGAAUGAACACAGAAGAAACGUGUGUGCAAGUUAUUAGAACAGAAACUGAUGAUGUAGAGGACUCCAUUAAAAAGAUAAGCCUAUAUGUACCUAUAUUGUGUCACACAGAACACAAUGAAGGAUCUAAUAGUCUUUUGUUAUUAGAAAGGAAAUCUGAACAGGAACACUCAGCUCCAAAACAAGCGGAUGAUUUAACACCAUCUACCAUACAGCUUGAACAAAUGACUUUGGAUAAUACUGAUGCUGAAACUGUUGGACAAUUCACAACUGUUGAUGAUGAGUUUGUUAUUAGCAAUGAAUUUCAUGAAAGUAUUUAUAACAAUCCAAGCACUGGUAGUCUUCUCAUCUCAAAUAUGCCAGAGUUACUAGUGACAACUGAAAGGGAUGGACUGUCAGGCACCUUAGAAUCAAAUGAAAAGAGUGUAGCUGCUGAACAGUCAGACAAAUUACAAUCAAGUGGAUGGAAUGUAGCUGCUGAACAGUCAGACAAAUUACAAUCAAGUGAAGGGAGUGUAGCUGUUGUACUGUCAGACACAAUAGAAUCAUGUGAAGAGAGUGUAGCCACUAAACUGUCUGACCCAAUAGAAUCAAGUGGAGAUGGUUUACCUGCUGAACAGUCAGACAAAUUAAAAUCAAGUGAGGAAAAUGUACUUGUUGUACUGUCCAACACCUUAGAAUCAAUUGCAGAAAGUGUAGCUGUUGUACUUUCGGACACCUUAGAAUCAAGUGAAGAGAGUGUAGCUGCUGAACUGCUCGACACCUUAGAAUCAAGUGGAGACAGUGCAGCUGCUGAACAGACAGACAAAUUAGAACCAAGUGGAAGGAAUUUAACUGUUGGAUUCUCUGACACCAUAGAAUCAAUGGAAGAGGCUGUAGAUGUUGAACAGUCAGACGAAUUAGAAUCAAGUGGAGGGAGUGUAGCUGUUGUACUGUCAGACACCAUAGAAUCAAGUGGAGACAGUGUGGCUGCUGGACUGUUUGACACCUUAGAAUCAAGUGAAGGGAGUGUAGCUGUUCUACUGCCAGACACCAUUGAAUCAUGUGGAGAUAGUGUAGCUGCUGAACUGACUGACCUCUUAGAAUCAAGUGGAGGAUGUAUAUCUGUUGGAUUGACAGGCACCUUAGAAUCAAGUGGAGGGAGUGUAACUGCUGAACUGCCUGACAAUUUAGAAUCAAGUGGCAGUAAUGUAGCUGCUGAACUAGUCGACACCUUAGAAUCAAGUGGAGAUGGUGUAUCUGCUGAGCAGUCGAGCAAAUUAGAAUCAGGUGAAGGGAAUGUACCUGUUGUAUUGUUCAACACCUCAGAAUCAAGAGUGGGUUUAACUUUUGGAGUGCCAGAUACCAUAGAAUCAAACGAAGAGAAUUGUUCUGAGAUGAAUCCUAUGGUUGGCUCAUCAUCACAUGACAUAACAAUAAAGGAUGAAGAUAUCAAUCGGGAAAUACAAGUCAAUGCAGAUGUCACAACUGAACCAUCAACAACAUCAAAUAAUGGUGGGCUGAAUAAAGUACAGUUGAAUACAGACGGUGAUGAUAGGGAAGACACAAUGCAAAUGGAGUUAGAAUUAACACACUAUUCUGAAUUAUCAAUGGAAAACACAAAGCAAAUGUAUCCAUCUUCAUCUGAAGAAGCAGCAACAGAGUAUCUUGAUAAUGCUAGUCAAAUAUCUACACUAGUGGCUACUGCAGAUGCAAAAGUCCAAAUUGCAGUGAUAGAGACACAGAAUAUCGAAGCCAGUAGCAUGAUUGAAUACGCAGAUGAUAUAGAUGGUAUACAAUAUAUUGUUGAUGACAAGAAAGUAGAACACAAUGCAGUGGUAGAAGUUCUAAAAACAGACGAUUCUGAAGCAGAUUUGCCUCAAAUAGGAAAUAUAUAUCACAUAGAUAUGCACGAGUCCUUACAAGAACUUAAUUUUCUCCCUGAUUCAGCAUCACCAAUUGCAUCAUCUUCAUCUUCGUCAAUAUCAUCUGAUUCAACUCUUAUUGCAAUAGAAAGGGGAACUGUUGGCAGAACAGGUGAUUUUCAAGAUCUGGAAUUUGAUGAUAAUCAGCCACCACCGGUGCCAACUUGCUCGCCUCCUGAAUCAGACAGUGAAGAAAUUGAUAUGGAGCCCACAACACGGCCUGAAAAUCCGAAUGAUAUUUGUGAAAAUGAGAAUGUACAGAAUGACUAUGGGUCGCUUAAUACUGCAUUCGAAACUCAGAUCAAAUCAGAAACAGAAAUCAUUUCACCAGUACCUCCUCCACUGCAUUUUCAAGAUGAGUUUCAAGAACAGCAACACAAACUUGAAAGUGGGUCCUCUGAAGAAGAUGAUGCUCAACUUGACAUUGGAACAAAUGAGACCAAAAUGCCUGUUGAAACAACACAAGAGGAUAUUACCCGGUCAUCAGAGAUUAUUAAAACUGAAAUUGAGUAUCAACGAAUGACAACUGUGAUGGAGUUCAGUGUAAAUGACAAAUCAGUAAAUGCAGAAUGGAAUCCAACUACAGAAGCUCAGCAGGAAAUCCAUUCAGUCAUUGGACAACCAUGUUUACUCCAGGUAACAAUCCCACAAUCAGAUGGUAGGUGUGAGACGUCAGUAGAACAAACCCAAGUAGCAAGUGUGAGCAUGAUGACCGAAAAGAAUGUAUAUGAAAUUCAGGAUUUCAAAGAAAAUAUAACAUUACCAACUGUAGAAAUAGAAAAUGAUGUUCCGUCUACCCAUGAAGAGCAUAUUUCAUCAAAUGUGACAGAAGGAGAUGUAGUUCACCAUGGAUAUACUGUACAGUCACUGACAUUAGAACAUACAGCAGUUGAAUCAACAGUGGUAGAAUAUAUUGAAUAUAACCAAAACAACAAUGCUAGACAUACAAUUGUUUCUGGUCACAAAGGCAGCUAUGAUAUCACUCCAGUUGAAGAAAAUACUGAUGAUGCACUCUCAACUUCAUCCUCCACUGAGAAAAGUGAAUAUUCAAAAAAGAAAGACAAGGACUGGAAAGGAUUUAAGCUGUUUAAAAAGAAGAAACCUGAAACACUUAGUAAAUCUAAGAAGCAAGAAGAAAAAGAAGAAACAAACAUUCAUGAUGGGGCUACUGUCAUGGGACAAGAAACUGACAUUGCAUUUACUGAUGACAAUGUUGUAGUGCAACAUGACUGUGGAGUUGAGGAUGGAGAAUUUAUAACUGAUGUCUCAGUUGAUGGCGAUGAGAACCAAAACAAAGAAAAUGACAAGUCAGCUACACAAACGAGUAAAGAUCAACAGAUAGAUUAUGACAUUCAGUGUACAGAAGAACUGCUAAGUGUAGCUAAAACUGGAAUUGACACUAAACAGUCCAAAAAGAAGGGUGGAACACUUAGUAAACUGUUCAAACGAAAGUCCCAUACACGUGAUGGGUUUGAAGAUGGUGAGGAAAAGGACAAAGGAAAGAAAAAAGAAUUACAAGAUGAGAAAAAGAAGAAAAAACUAAAAACUGAGAAAAAGGGAAAGAAAAAUGAAGUGCCCAUAAGUGAUUAUUUGUUUUCUCUUCAGCCAUUUGAUGAGAAAUCAAUUGAAAUGACACAUACAAUGACUGCCGAAAAGCUUACAGAAGAGUCACCUGUUACACCUCACACCAAAAAUAUAUCGCCACGUUUGAGACCAAGUACUAAAAAGAAAAGAGCUCCUUUGCCACCUGCAGCAGUUACAAAAAAACCUACAGCUGCCGUUAUGUACAAAGAAAAAGCAGAUCAACAGACACAGCCUUCAACACAAGCAACUGGAAUACCUAUUGGUAUCACAGAAAAUGACUCGGUGACAAAAUGCCUGACAUUGGAUUCUUCUGCUAGUAAAGAGGAAGAAGAAAAGAAAACCCAUGAUGUGUCAACAAUGAAAACACGGAAAAGAGCGCCACCACCACCACCACCGCCAGCACUAUCAUCAUCACCGUCAACUAUUUCAGAUGAAGAAAGCACAGUUAUUGCUCCAGUGGAAAUAAAAAAUGAGGAAAUGGACAAUAAUCACAUACAAGAACUAGAGCUGUCAGGUAGUAGUGAUAACUACAAUACAAAUUGUAUGCAGAUUGAAAAUGAAGACACACAUGAUGGUAAUGCAUGCGAUAGUUCUCAAUUGUUUGAUGCAUUUGCCAUGGACAUUUCCACCAUAUCAAAAGUAGUACAUGAAAUGCCCCUUCCAGAAGGCAUGCCACCACCUAAGCCAAAACGUUCAUCAUUAGACCUAGUCAACUACAAUCCAGGAGAUUUCAAAAAAUCUGAUCCAUUUUUUGCAUCACCAAUUACUUCACAAGAGCUAUUAACUUCACCAAAUGCAACCAACAUGGAAGGUGAUGUUACAGCAGUCAGCAUUGCCAAUCAACCUGAAGAAUCAGGUCAAAUUCAAAUGGAAGAAGUGUUGGAAACUGUAGCAGCAGUUACAGUGAACUACAGUACUGAUGAUCAACAAAAUAAUACAGGUAUUAUUGAAGACACUGUGCAAGAACAUCCCAAUCAGCCCACAGAAGCUAAAGAAAGAGGCCAUACAGUGGACUUAGGGCAUACAAAUGAGACCGAAACAGACAUGAAUAAAAAUAUGGAGUGGGCUGAUGUGAAAAGGAGACCGAGUGCUGCACAGAAGAGGAGACCAAGACCAGUGUCCAUGGACGAGAGUUUUGCACCAUCCCAAAAAUACAGUGAUGUUCGUAUGAGGACAAAGACAAUAUUGGCAGGUCUCAAUAGUAACCACAAAGACAAAGAAGCUAACCGACGACAUACCAUUCAUGGGGAUAACUUAGUCAAGGAUGAUAAUAAAAGAACAUUUAUGUAUGUUGACACUGAAACAACACACGGGAAUGGUGGUAAACAUUCUUUCAAACGUAAUGAAAAAAAAAGUGAUCCAUCAAUCUUUCAAGACUACGAAAAUCUAAUUGCAUCUGCAAAUAAAGCAUUAUCUCGUGUACAUAGUGAUCAAGAAAUGAGCUGCACAGAUUUGGAUUCAGCGUGUAAUAAUAGAUUAGAGACAGAGAAGCUGAGCGAUGAUAGAGCACAAGAAAAUCUAAAUCUUACUGAAGGACCUAACUCUUCGAAUUCAGAAAAUGGUAAGAAGAUGUAUAAGGCACAAAGUGUGGUGUCUGUAGCUCCAUUGAGUAGACAUGAUAAGGAGAGACACAGACCAGAUGAUGAUUCAGUGGUUUCUCUUUCAUUUGCAGCUGCACCUAUUGAAGUUGGGGAGAGAGCCACAUCACCAAUAACAAAUGAACACCAAUCAGUAGACAUUCCCUCUGUAGUUGGCCUAUCAAAGGUCAAGAUACGAUUACGAAGUCCAACUAGGCUGAAAAGACGAAAAAGGGAAGAAGAAACGAAAACCCAACCUGUGACAAGCAAAAAAGAAGAGUGGGUACCAUCAUGGAAUACAAAAGAGCGUACUAAAGAACAUGAUGAUGAUGAAAUGAUCAUGGUACAUGCAAAGCCCAUAUUUAUUGAGGAGUCACCUGAACUUCUGGAAUCAACGCUGGCAAAUGCUGCAACUUCUGAAAUUUCACAACCGCCACCUCUGCAAAACCCAUCAGCAGAAUAUGACCAACCGCUCAAAGAACAAUUUUGGAAAAUGGCACCAAUUGAGCUCCAAGAGCUGAUACAAGAGCAGCAAAGAAAAAUGGAAGAUUUGCAGGAUCAGAUGAAUAGAUUCCAGUCAUCGUCAUCAACAACAGAACAAUAUCCAGUGCCUAUGUCUAUGUAUGGUUCAACUGUUCAUAGCAGUCAACCACAAAUGUAUCUCAACAGUGCAGGACAUAUAAUACAUUCUCCACAACCAGUAUAUACAAUGCAACCAACAAUUUCUGUACAAGGUGUAGUGCCAAUACAAGUUAUGACACCGCAAGUACCAAUGCAGACUGUAGAAAUGCAUCCAUCAUUUACUGCAAUACACAUGCAAGGACAAAUUCCAGAAAGCUUGUCACGGCAAACAAAUAGAAAAGAUUUAUAA